AUGGAGCUACAGUGGAAACCCCCUGUAUCGACUGUAACACGGCCAAAGAGAAGGGCAGCCGCAAACAUAUACGAAACCGAUAUCGAAAAACACAAAGAAAUCAUACUCGACCUUGCUAGCCAAGGCACAUACCAAUCCACCAUUGAAACUUUGAGGAACGACCAUAGCUUUGAAAUAAGUAUUGACCAGCUGAAAAAAUUCCUAAAACUAUGGGGUUUUCAAAAGAAACCACGACGGAACCCACCGACACCGACAGGAUAUCCAACAGAUUUGAUAGCUACGCCAACACCAAAUAUAAACAGACAAACCUCCAAAAUUUUGGAGCCCGGAAACCCCUUCCCGAUGGUAUCUUCGACAAAGUCGGGCGUUUCGGGCCUGUUUUCCUUGUUCGCUGUUGCCUCACUCCCCAACAUUAUGACUUAUUCGGCUCAUGAAAGGCAAAGUACUGAAUCAUGGGUUGUUCAAUACCAGCCGGGUGCACCACCUCAAUCGAACGCUAAAGAAUUCACAAAUGAGCCACCAAAACUCCUAGAUGAUGAUAUCGACGCUCUUAUUAGCAAUAUUGAGAGGCUUGAACUAAAUAACCUCGAAGUUUUCGCAGAGAGAAACAUACGAGAAAUUCUACCGCGCUUAGCCCAGUCAAUUGAGGUUGAGCCGGAACUAGAGACCUAUGAAGGGGCGUCCGAAGAUUUCCGAAAGCUACUAAAAUGCUUAAGAGGUAUUUCUACGACGGGUGUCGAUACAGGAGGACUAAGUCUCAUAAAAUCAUCCUCCACUCGCGACCUUGAACAGGGCAUUACAUCAAUUACCCGGACAAAUAAACUGACAAAACUUCUGCUUCAUUCACAAACUAAAAAAAUCAAAGGACACACGGCGAUGGUGAAUAUUAAAAAGAUGCAGUUUAGAAGCCCGGGCGACGAGACCUUUGAGAUGACAGAUACAAACAUAAUACUACGACCGAAGCGAGACCAAUCGCAUUCUAGGCUCGGCGAUAGCAGAGUUUUAAAUAUACUGUGUCGAUCAAGAGAGCAAUAUACACUAGGCCUAUUGGUGUCCUUAAGAUCAUACUAG